UCCACCUCUGUCAAAAAUUGACCGGCAGAGUGCGAGGGGUCUGGAGGGAUAACGGCAGAGAAACAACAGGACCCAGACAUGGAUGAGAAGGACGAGAUGGAAAUGCUGUCCGCAGCCAAAGCGGGACAAAAUGGGGAUAUAAGUGAGAACAAGAAGGAUGGCAAAAAAGAAAAAGCACCAAAGGAGCCCAUGGUCGGCCCCAUCACUGUGUUCAGGUUUGCAGACACCUGGGACAUUGUGAUGAUCCUUACUGGGACACUGAUGGCCAUGGCCAACGGGGUGGUGCUCCCUCUCAUGUGCAUUGUGUUUGGUGACAUGACAGACAGCUUUGUGAAGGACACCAUCUUGUCCCAUACGAACCUCAGCAGCCUCAACCUGACCGGCAUAAAAAUAAACAGCACCUUGCAAGAGGACAUGAAUGUCUACGCCAUCUACUACUCCAUCAUGGGGUUCAUGGUGCUGGUGGCGGCCUACCUGCAGGUGUCCUUCUGGACCCUGGCGGCCGGGCGGCAGGUCAGACGCAUCCGCAAGCUGUUUUUCCACCGCAUCAUGCAGCAGGACAUCGGCUGGUUCGAUGUCAACGAGACCGGAGAGCUCAACACUCGUCUCACAGAUGAUGUCUAUAAGAUCCAAGAGGGUAUCGGUGACAAGGCGGGGAUGCUGGUCCAGGCCUUCACCACCUUCUUCUCAUCCUUCAUCAUCGGCUUCACCAAAGGCUGGAAGCUCACCCUGGUCAUCCUGGCUGUGAGCCCUGCGCUAGGCGUCUCAGCUGCAGUUUUUAGUAAGGUGCUGGCGGCCUUCACAACUAAAGAGCAGACUGCAUAUGCCAAAGCUGGAGCUGUAGCAGAGGAGGUGCUCUCUGCCAUCAGGACAGUGUUUGCCUUCAGCGGUCAGGACAGAGAGAUCAAAAGAUAUCAUAAAAACUUGGAGGAUGCCAAGAGAAUGGGAAUAAAGAAGGCGCUCUCUGCUAACAUGGCCAUGGGCUUCACCUUCCUCAUGAUCUACCUGUCGUACGCUCUGGCCUUCUGGUACGGCAGUACCCUCGUCCUGAGCGGGGAGUACACCAUCGGGAGCGUGCUCACUGUGUUCUUCGUUGUGCUUAUCGGAGCCUUUACUCUGGGACAGACCUCUCCUAACAUCCAGACUUUUGCCAGCGCCCGUGGAGCUGCACAUAAAGUAUACAGCAUUAUUGAUCAUAAGCCGAGUAUCGACAGCUUUUCGGAGGCCGGCUACAAGCCUGACUCCAUCAAAGGAAACAUAGAGUUCAAGAACAUUAACUUCACCUACCCCUCGAGACCGGAUGUCCAAAUCUUAAAUAACAUGUCUCUGAGCGUGAAGAGUGGACAGACCAUUGCCUUGGUGGGCAGCAGCGGCUGUGGCAAAAGCACCACGAUCCAGCUGCUGCAGAGGUUCUACGAUCCCCAGGAAGGAUCCGUGUGCAUCGACGGACACGACAUCCGUACUCUUAACAUCCGCUACCUGAGGGAGAUGAUCGGAGUUGUGAGUCAGGAGCCCAUCCUCUUUGCCACCACCAUCACUGAGAACAUCAGAUACGGUCGGCCCGACGUGACUCAGAGUGAGAUCGAACAAGCCGCCAAGGAGGCCAACGCUUACGACUUCAUCAUGAAACUUCCAGAUAAGUUCGAGACGCAGGUUGGAGACCGAGGGACUCAGAUGAGUGGGGGACAGAAACAGAGGAUCGCGAUUGCCCGAGCUCUGGUCCGCAACCCCAAAAUCCUCCUGCUGGACGAAGCCACGUCUGCUCUUGAUGCUGAGAGUGAGACCAUCGUACAGGCUGCACUCGACAAGGUCCGGCUGGGUCGCACCACCAUAGUCGUGGCUCACCGCCUGUCGACCAUCAGAAACGCUGACGUCAUCGCUGGUUUCCAGAAGGGUGAAGUUGUAGAGCUGGGGACUCACAGUGAGCUGAUGGAAAAACAGGGAGUCUACCACACGCUUGUCACCAUGCAGACCUUUCAGAAAGCCGAGGAGAAAGAGGAGGAGGCCGAGUAUGAGCUGUCUGCAGACGAGAAGAGCCCAUUAGUCCAGUCCUUCUCUGAGACCUCGCUGUUCAGGAGGAAGUCCACUAGAGGCUCCUCCUUCGCCUCGGAGGGAAAGAAAGAGGAGAAAGAAAAGUUCACGGAUGACAAGGACAAGGCAGAUGAGGAUGAAAAUGUCCCCCCCGUGUCGUUCCUUAAAAUUAUGCGUCUCAACCUCUCUGAGUGGCCGUACAUGUUGGUCGGGACCAUCUGUGCCAUCAUCAAUGGAGCAAUGCAGCCACUCUUUGCUGUCAUCUUCUCCAAGAUCAUCACUGUGUUUGCAGAACCAGACCCAGAUGAUAUCAGGAUGAAAUCCACUUUCUUCUCCCUCAUGUUUGCUGCUAUUGGAGGCGUAUCAUUUUUCACCAUGUUCCUACAGGGUUACUGUUUUGGUAAAUCUGGAGAAAUUCUCACCCUGAAACUGCGACUCGGGGCUUUCAAGGCCAUGAUGAGACAGGACCUCGGCUGGUAUGAUGACCCCAAAAACAGUGUUGGAGCACUCACUACAAGACUGGCCACAGAUGCUGCACAAGUGCAAGGGGCUACAGGGGUUCGUAUGGCCACGCUGGCCCAGAACUUUGCCAACAUGGGCACCAGUGUGAUCAUCUCCUUUGUGUACGGCUGGGAGCUGACCCUGCUCGUCCUGGCUGUGGUUCCCGUCAUGGCGGUGGCCGGAGCCGUGUCGAUGAAGAUGCUCACGGGACACGCUGCAGAAGACAAGAAGGAGCUGGAGAAGGCUGGAAAGAUUGCUACAGAGGCCAUCGAGAAUAUCCGUACUGUCGCCUCUCUCACCAGAGAACCCAAGUUUGAGUCUUUGUAUCAGGAGAACCUCACAGUGCCAUAUAAGAACGCCCAGAAAAAAGCCCAUGUGUACGGUCUUACCUUCUCCUUCUCCCAGGCCAUGAUCUACUUCGCUUAUGCCGGCUGCUUCCGAUUUGGAGCUUGGCUCAUUAAGACGGGAAGGAUGGACGUCGAGGGGGUAUUCCUUGUGAUUUCGGCUGUUCUGUACGGUGCCAUGGCAGUUGGAGAGGCCAACUCCUUUGCUCCAAACUACGCCAAGGCCAAAAUGUCAGCUUCCCACCUCAUGAUGCUCCUGAACAAAGAGCCCGCCAUUGAUAAUCUUUCACACGAGGGAGAGGAACCGGACAAAUUUGACGGUAACGUGCAACUGGAUGACGUCAGGUUCAACUACCCUUCACGAUCCCAUCUGCCCAUCCUCCAAGGGCUGAACCUGAAGGUGAGGAAGGGAGAGACGCUGGCCUUGGUGGGGAGCAGCGGCUGUGGAAAGAGCACCAUCAUCCAGCUGCUGGAGAGGUUUUACGACCCCAGAGACGGGAGAGUGCUGCUGGACAAAGUAAACGUUAAAGACCUGAAUAUUCACUGGCUGAGAUCCCAGAUUGGCAUCGUAUCCCAGGAGCCCGUGCUGUUCGACUGCACUUUGGCAGAAAACAUCGCCUAUGGAGACAACAGCCGCACCGUCACCAUGGAGGAGAUACAAGCAGCUGCUAAAGCAGCCAACAUUCACAAUUUCAUAGAAGAACUGCCACAGAAAUACAACACUCAGGCGGGCGACAAAGGAACACAGCUGUCGGGUGGACAGAAGCAGCGUGUAGCCAUAGCCCGAGCCAUCCUCCGCAACCCUAAACUGCUGCUGCUGGACGAGGCCACCUCCGCACUCGACACUGAAAGCGAGAAGGUGGUGCAGGAGGCGCUGGACCAGGCCAGCAAGGGCAGGACGUGCAUCAUCGUGGCUCACCGCCUGUCCACCAUCCAGAACGCAGACCGUAUCGCCGUCUUGCAGGGAGGAGUCGUGGUCGAGCAGGGGACGCAUCAACAGCUGCUGGCCAAGAAGGGAGUGUACCACAUGCUGGUCACCACGCAGAUGGGCCACGGGAGGGACUGAGAGGAGAGGAUAGGGAGAGGACAACAAAGAGCAAUAAUACACCGAUUAUUAGUUUCCAAAGGACUGGAUGAAACACCUGAGCCUUUCUGUCAUCAACUCCCCACACUCACGUUUGUGUAUCUCUACAGAUUCAGACUGAGCAGCUUCGGUGGGACAGUUGAGAGUUGGACUGUGUCCCUGCCUGGUCUGUGUUGCAGCUGUAACUCACUGGGUCGUACAGUUUGGUUGUGUUAAGACAAAUGACCUUUCAGUCAAAAGCCAAACGUCUGUGUUUUAUAAUUAUUUUUCUCAAGAGGACAUUUUGACAUGUCACAGUGAAGAAAGCACUGGUGUAAAAAAAUAAAAUUAUAAAUAAUUUUGUAUCUAAUUAUUUAAAGAAAAUUAAAGACUGAGUUCCAUUUAGCUGCUUCAGUUUCAAGGUCCUGGUUUUGCUCAUGCUGGCUCACCCUCACACUGGGACACUUGAAUGUUAUUAGUGACACCUGUGCUUCUCCUUCUGUGACAAGUCAAAAUGGCUGCUGUGAAAAAGGCAACGUGUAUUGUACCCCUUUGUGUUGUCUUUAUUUUUGUCCUUGUUAGGAAAUAUCCACUCAAGUUUGUACGUUGUAAACUGGGACUUGUUUAUGGUCAGUCUUUUUUCCUCCAAGAUGGAGCGACUAGAUGUGAAGAAGUCUUAAGUAUUGUUGAUUUUUGGUGCCAUCUACUGUUAAGUGCAAAAUACUUCCAACAAAUAUGCAGUGAUUACAGCUAACAAUACACUGGAUUCAUUAGAUUUUAUAUCGCAUCUACACUGGAAUCAUCAUCACAAAUAACUCAUAUUCUACAGGAAAUUUGUUUUGGGAAAGUUUGAUGAAUGCUUCAUUGUUUAGAUAAAUGUUUUUUACAUUCUGAGUUCAUAAAGCAGCCAAGGUGCCUGAGCAGUUUAACCUAAGAGGAUGUUGUAUCCACAUAAGUCAAGUACGGACUUAUUUUGUUUCUACAAAUGCACAGAAUUACUAAUGUUUUUGGAGGAUGUCUUAUAUAAUAAAGUUUUAUAUGCAUGAACCAUUGAAAA